UUCCAUUCCAUUCCAUCAUCAUCUGCUCUCUUGUCAACUUUGUAAACAUUUCGCAUUUCUGAUUUGACUAGAAAAUACAAAACUUAAGAAAUUAAUUCGUCACCUGUGUAAUUUUUUUGCAGAUUUUUUAUUCACCAUGUCCUGCCUUAUCUGUUUGCAAGUUAUCCAGGACUACCACACGGUAGAAAACGCCGCCCAGAAAAUCAGAAUAGCAACCCUUUGCAAAUUGUUAGCACAUAACAGUAAAAUUUCGCACAAAUCGGAAUUUGACGAUGAUACCGAGAUGUGUGACCUUUGCACCAAUUGUUACCCUCUCUUCAGAAGAAUGGAAGAAAUUAAGGACCAAAUUUCACUCCUAGAGGAAGAAAUUGGGACGACAGUUGGUCAAAUUCAAGCCACCAUUUUCGAUACUUCUUCCAAACUUGAAAGUUAUGGAGAUAACAAAAUUAUACAAAUUCGUGCCAUGCUUCUUCGCCUGUCAGGAGCAAAUGCGGAACUAGAUGAUGCCAAUUUUGUGGCGGACGAAGUUGAAGUCAAAAUAGAGCAAGAUGUUGAUCCCCUCUGUGAUACGAUGGGCCAAUUCUUGGGCGACGACGAUAAUUCCUACUCUCAGGCAGCUUUAACUUAUGACGAAGGUCAAAAUAACGAUGAGGAUGGCGACAGCGCCUUUUGUAUCAUUCCUUCUAUAACAAAAAAGAGGUCGAGAGGGAGACCUAAAAAGACAACAGAGGAAAAAGUAAAACCCCGUGGCACUAAACGAAGAAGAGAAGAAUCUCGGCCCCCUGAACAAGAAGAGUCAAACUUAAUCCAAACUUCGCCACGGUUCUCACGCCGCAUCAAAAAAAUACAGACCGCUCCACCCAAGAAAGUCCAAAAAUCCCUUGUCGUUUCCCUCAAACGUAUUAAACCUUCGAUUAAAAAAUCUGCUCCGAAAAUAUCAAACUCAUCAGACGAGGAUAUGAGUCACGACGACGACAACGAGUGGACCCCCAAACUCGAGCCUCACGAUGACGACAGUGACGAAGUUGACGACAAACCUGACGUAGCUCGCCCUCACAAAUGUACAGAUCCCUUCUGUACCAAAACUUUCUCUACGGAGGCCACUCUUCGCCGGCAUACCGACCUUUAUCACGUUGUCCCCUGCACCGCGCCGUCCUGCACGGCCCGUUUACCCACCAAAAAAUUGAGGAACGUCCACUUGAAGCAGGAGCACGACGGUAUAACGCCUUAUCCUUGUCCCAUUUGCGAAAGGGGGUUUACUUGCCUGGGUAGUCUGGCGGCGCACAAGGUGAUUCGCCACGAAAAAGGGGAGAAGGCGUUCUUCUGCACUAAAUGCGGGAAAGGUUUCUGCCUCGAGGACAAUUAUGCGAGACAUGUCAAGCUUCACGACAUCGAGGGGAUCAAACCGCUCGUUUGUGAACUGUGCGAUGGCCGAUUUGAGGAUGAGGACCGUUUAGAGAAACAUUUAAAGACAUUGUCGCAUUUUAAUCCGUUCCAGUGUAAUCUUUGUCCAAAGCGGUGCCAGAGCAAGAGAGCUCUGGAGAGACAUUUGCGUGGCCAUGCUAAAGAAAAAUGGGAAAAAUGUCCUCACUGUGACAUGCCCUUGGCGGACAAGGUCUCUCCCUGGACGCCCACGUCGCCCGAGCACACACUUCCGGACCAGCCCCGUUUAUUUGCGACAUUUGUGGUCUAGGUUUAUACCUGGAGUAUGACCUUAACGUCCACAUGAAUCGUAAGCACGAUGACAAACUCCUCGUCAAGUGCGACAUUUGUAGCGAAACCUUUAAACAGUUGUCCUCCUUGCAAACUCAUGUUAUCAAAGUGCACGACGGUGACCCAUACGUUUGUGAUGAAUGCGGGGCCAAAAUCACAUCGCAGUACGGAUUAAAUCUACACAAGAAGAUUCACACGGGAAAUAAAAAGCACAAAUGCGAGACAUGUGGCGCCUCAUUUAUUCGACUGGCACAACUAAAGAAUCACCGGGCAACUCACACGGGGGAGCGAGCAUACCCCUGUCCCCACUGCGAAAAAGCUUUCAAGACUCGUAACACUAUGGAAACUCACGUGACGAGGAUUCACACUCCGGGCUACGUCAUCCCCAACCCGCAUAAAUGCCCCCAUUACAGUAAAGGAUUUCAGAAUCCUUUCUUCCUUCAGGGUCACAUCCGCCAAGCGCACACGGGAGAGCGGCCCUUCAUUUGCGACCAGUGCGGAAAAGGGUUCGCGGUCAAGUCGGCGCUAACCCUGCAUUUGAAGGGGGCUCAUGGCGUCACUUUCGAGGUGAAAGAUAGGCUGCCAAGAUCGAGAAAGGAUGUCGUUCAGGGAGAAGAUGAGGAAGGGAAUUGUUAAAUAUUGCAGAAUAUUGUUAACUUUCGAUUUUAACAGGGUCACAUUAGUUGGGUCGUAAAAUUGUUAGAGAAUUUUGUAACUGUGUUAAUUUACAUAUGCAACUUUGUCCCAAAUGACAUUUUCUGUUCGUAAUUUGUACGUGCACUCAUAUUUUACUCGGCCAGAAGUGCAGGGAAAAUUAUGAUCCCUAGUAAUAAAUAAUUUGACCAUACUUUC